CAUCUCUGUUCACAGCUCUUUCUGUCUCCUUCCAUCUGUCUCUCCUUUUCUGUCUCUGCCUCUCUUGCUUUCUCGCUUUCUCUGCAGCUUUGUUCAGCUCGAGCUUUCUCCUGCACUGCAAGCAAGGCUGAAUCUCCUACAUCUCAGCGAGAGCCCAAACUUUUAACGGUGCGUUUGAACAUCUCAGAGGGAGAAAAUCCAGCCGAGCAGCCACCAUGGAGGCCAUCAAGAAGAAGAUGCAAAUGCUGAAACUGGACAAGGAGAAUGCCAUCGACCGGGCCGAGCAGGCAGAGACAGACAAGAAGGCGGCAGAGGACAAAUGCAAGCAGCUGGAGGAGGAGUUACUGGAUCUGCAGAAGAAGAUGAAGCAGACGGAGGAUGAACUGGACAAAUUCUCUGAGGGCCUGAAAGAUGCUCAGGAGAAACUGGAACUGUCUGAGAAGAAAGCUGCAGAUGCAGAGGGUGAGGUAGCAGCUCUUAACCGUAGGAUCCAGCUGGUGGAGGAGGAGCUGGACCGUGCCCAGGAGAGACUGGCCACAGCGCUGCAGAAACUGGAGGAGGCAGAGAAGGCUGCAGAUGAGAGCGAGAGAGGAAUGAAGGUGAUUGAGAACCGAGCGAUGAAGGAUGAGGAGAAGAUGGAGAUUCAGGAGAUGCAGCUGAAGGAGGCCAAACACAUCGCAGAGGAGGCCGACCGCAAAUACGAGGAGGUGGCUCGUAAACUGGUGAUCUUGGAGGGCGAGCUGGAGAGAGCUGAGGAGAGGGCCGAGCUCUCAGAAUGUAAAGCCAGUGACCUAGAGGAGGAGCUGAAAAAUGUGACCAACAACCUGAAGUCCUUAGAAGCCCAGUCUGAGAAGUACUCAGAAAAAGAAGACAAGUACGAAGAGGAGAUCAAAGUUCUGACUGACAAACUGAAGGAGGCUGAAACCCGUGCAGAGUUUGCCGAGAGGACAGUUGCCAAACUGGAAAAGAGCAUCGAUGACCUGGAAGAGAAACUAUCACAUGCCAAAGAGGAGAAUCUGGGCAUGCACCAAGUCCUGGACCAGACCCUGCAGGAGCUGAACAGCUUAUAAACACACACAGAGGAAGCUGGAGAGGAUGAGGUCGUCAUUAACAUUCCAUUAAACGUUCGACUCCAUUCCGCCUUUCGAGCUGUAAAAUCUUUAUUCCCCACCUAAAGGGGGAUUAACUUAAUGCUUGUCCCCUUUUUUUUUUUUUUUUUUCAAGCACAAUUUUUUUUUUUAAUAAAGAUUUUUUGAAUCCACUGCUACUUUAUUUUUUUUAAACCUACAGAUGUUCUUGUAGAAAUUCGUUUUUGACCACUUACAAAGAACUGGCACUAAAUUUGUCCAAAGAAACCUCAGAUUUGGUCACUCAACCACUUAAACAGACUUAAUUUUACACAUUAUGUGCACAUACAUUACACUUCUGAUUAUUUUUAAUACAUAGGCUACAUAUGGCAUAGGGGUUUGCUCAGUCUUGUGUGGCUUUUAAGCGCCACCUAGUGGUAAUUUGAAGUUAGUCAACAUUUUUUUUUCUUAUUAUUAUUCCAUUUUAUCUCCAGUGGCUGCAAAGUAACAGAUAUUUGACAGAUCUGUGCUCGUCUCAGUCUCUUUUUGUGUUAGAACAGCACAACAGUCACGUGAACAGAUGACCUGAUAACAAGGCUCAGUGAUUAAGACUUCUUUACAUUUAAUUAUAACGUAAUGCCUCUUUGGCCAAGGUGUUGAACCUGAUGCGGACGUUCUGAACACUUAAAUGCUUGACCUGACCACUGAUACCUAAUGCAUCAUUACCAACAAUAUGCCAUUGUGUAGCCAGUAUUUACAAUAUGAGUGAGCUAAACCCCAAACCACUGGAAGCUCAGUCAAGUUUUAUCAACCAUGGAAACUUAUUGUAUAUAGUAGAAUAAUGUUAGGUAAUGUGAGAAGUUGUAUUUUUUUUUCCUUGGGUUUUGUUUCAUUUACACCACUCCUUUUUGCCAGAGGAACUCUCAAAACCAAAGAACACACACAACACAGACAAUUCAUGAAAUGUUUUUAUUUUUUUUGUGAUGGUCAUCGUGGUUUCAUCUCAUGUCAGAGCCACUGAGAGUGCCUCACAUUUGGUUGAGACUGUUAUGAAAUACUUCAUUCACCCACCCCCACCCCACCCAUGUCAACCUAUUAAAAUGUUUUACAGAAA